CUCAGUAUGGCGGCCGAGCACAAAACUAAGUUGUCCAAGAACCUGCUGCACAUGAAGUUCAUGCAAAGGGGACUGGACUCAGAAACCAAGAAACAACUAGAAGAGGAAGAAAAGAAAAUCAUUAGUGAAGAGCACUGGUACUUGGAUUUGCCCGAGCUUAAAGAGAAAGAGAGUUUCAUAAUAGAAGAGCAGAGUUUCUUGUUAUGUGAAGAUCUUCUCUAUGGAAGAAUGUCAUUCAGAGGAUUUAAUCCUGAGGUUGAGAAAUUAAUGCUUCAGAUGACUGCUAAGAACAAAGCAGAAGAAGUUGAAGAGGAAACAGUGGAGCUCGAUGUGUCAGAUGAAGAAAUGGCUAGAAGAUAUGAGACCUUGGUGGGGACAAUUGGGAAAAAGUUUGCCAAAAAAAAGAGACCGUGCCAAUUACGAAGAAGAUGAAAAUGGAGACAUAAAACCAAUUAAAACAAAGAAGAUGUUCUUAAAGCCCCAAGAUUAAAACGGAUGCCUUAAGAUAUGGCUCAGGGUUGCCUUGUGAGAAUUAGCACAUUUUGGAACUCAUUCUGUUGGUUCCUCUAUAGUUAUUAAUGCUGUAAUGUUUAUUUGUAAAGAAAUGUAUAAUUUUGGAAACAUGCUGUUUUUGGAACAGAUGUGUGAUGGAUGUUAUACAUCCUUUGCUUAAUGGUAUUCAUCAAGAGUGGAUUUUUAACCCUUGAUCUUCAACUAUACAU